CAAAGUCAGUCAAAAUCCUUACAACUUACAACAUCCCCUGACUAAACCCCUCUUCAAACCCUAAACUAUUCAAGAAAUAAAGUUCCAAAUUUGCAGAUUUAGUCCGGAAAGGGGAAAGGCCGUAUUUUUGCAGGGACAAAAUUUAUAAAAUUUGAUCUUAUUGUGAAAUUUAACUAAGUAAAUGAAUGGAUGGAAGAGAAGGAAUGUCAUUACCUGGUUCAGCUUCUUAUUACUUCAAUAGAGGAGGAAUUGGGGGGUCUGGGGGUUCAGGACCAGGUUCUAAUGCACCGGCUGCUGGUGGAGGGUCGGUACCGGGAACUUUACCUGCCAGUGGUGGGAUGCAUACCCCAAGCAGGUUCAAUCCUGUUUCGAAUCCCAUUGUUCAACUUCAACCCAAUGUAGGUGCUAGUGGGAGUGCUACGAGUGGUUCAACAUUUCACGUUGAGAACCCAUCUCCCAUUUUCCCCCGCCGUAGCAUUACCAGGGGUGACUUCUCUAGCGCUUCGACUAGUGGUGAUCCGGUGAAGAAGAAGAGGGGUAGGCCUAGGAAAUACGGUCCCGAUGGGGCUAACAUGACAUUAGCAUUGUCUCCAAUGUCUGCCUCCACAUCUUCCACGGGAGUUAUCGCCCCAGGUGAGAAAAAAAGAGGGCGGCCGCCUGGGACUGGAUGGAAGCAGAAGCUGGCGCCUCUCGGUGAAUGGAUGAACAGCUCAGCUGGAUUAGCUUUUACUCCACAUGUCUUACAUAUUGGAGUGGGAGAGGAUGUUGCAGCCAAAAUAUUGGCUUUUGCACAACAGAGGCCAAGGGCUUUAUGCAUCUUGUCGGCUAAUGGAUCCAUUUCUUCUGUGACUCUGCGCCAACCGACCACUUCUGACGGAACUGUCACAUAUGAGGGCCGUUUUGAGAUAUUAUGCUUGUCGGGGUCUUAUUUGCUUGCUGAAAGUGGUGGUCCUCGCAAUCGGACUGGCGGUAUAAGUAUUUCGGUUUGUAGCCCCGAUGGACAUAUUAUUGGUGGUGCAAUUGGUGGUAACCUCAUUGCCGCAAGUUCAGUGCAGGUGGUUGCAUGUAGCUUUGUAUAUGGUGGUUCUAAGGCAAAGGACAAAACAGUCUCUGAACCAAAAGACGAAAAAAUUCCUGCAGACGAGUCUGCUGAGAAGUCGUUAACCCCAGUUAGUGCUGCUCCAAGUCAAAAUCUCACUCCGAAUUCUGCAACUGUCGUUUGGCCACUAGAGACACGUCUUAAUAUGAAAAAUUCGCAGGCGCAGAUUGACUUAAUGCUCGGGUGAUACAAAGCUACAAUACCAAUAUGGUAGUUUUUGUAUAUCGUUGUAUAUGAAAUGUGCCCGGGAAAUUAGCCAAAACUCAGUCUGCUCUUGGGUAAAUUGUGGGUUGUGCUAACAUAUCGAAAUAGAGUUUGGAUGCUAGGUUCUUAGGUAGCAAUGGUGGAGACUUAAGGUUGUACUUGUUGGAACUGAUGGAACUAUUAAUAUUUGUAGCAGGUUAAUUAUGUUCUAUUAAUCAAACUGGAUUCUCUUGAUUACUUGGUGGGAUUUCUUUCUUUGGUCACCAUUCCUGUUGUAACCUGAAUCUAUUUGCAGUACCUUUUGGUGAUGCAUUAUUAACUAUUCUUAUUUUUCUUUUUA